CCCUGAAGGACCACUUUCUUCGAUAGGUUCAAAGCCUGCCAGAUAGUGGCCUCUAUCCUGGUGGGGGUGGAUGAGAAGAUCAAGAUAGCUCUCCCACACCCUGCCAUACUCAAGCCCAUGACACUGUGGACAGGGAAGCAGCUCUUUGGUCUGAUCUGAAGCCCAAUGACUGUCCAGUCAAGGCCAACCUGAGGACCAAGGGGAAACAGUACAGCGGCAAAGGAGAGGACCUCUGCAGCAACGACUCCUUCGUGGUGAUCCAGAACAGUGAGUUGAUGUGUGGUACCAUGGAUAAGGGCACGUUGGGCUCUGGCUCCAAGAAGAACAUAUUCUACAUCCUGCUGAGAGACUGGGGGCAGCUGGAGGCAGCCAACGCCAUGUCUCGCCUGGCCCGCAUCGCGCCUACAUACCUCUCCAAUCGGGGUUUCUCCAUCGGUAUUGGUGACGUGACCCCAGGCCAGGGUCUGCUGAAGGCCAAACAGAACCUGCUGGACGAAGGCUAUGCCAAGUGUGACGAGUACAUCGAGGCCCUGAAGACUGGCAAACUGCAGCAACAGCCAGGCUGCACGGCUGAGGAGACGCUGGAGGAUUCAGGAUCCACUGCUGAGGAGACCGUGGAGAUACUAUAAACACAAGAUAACCAAUCAGAUUAGUAUCCUUUUACAUUUCCUGGAGUCAACUGGAGUCUUUUCAGUGGUGUUUUUUUUAAAGGAUAAUAGUUUAGCACAAUGAUGACGUCUCCCUUCACCUGAAGCCUGUCUUUACCUCAAGCUUGGUCCAAACUGAAUCAAUCCCCCACCCCCCUUAAACCAGCUGAUAUGUCUGUUAUCCCCAAA